CUCUCUCCCUCUCUCUCUCUACCUCUUUUCUCUCUCCCUGGCUCUGCAGCUGUGGUCUGCUGAGCGUCACCUCCACACAGCAAGUGCCUUUACUUGAGCAGAAGAGGGAGAAGGAAGAGGAGGGUAGCUGCGAGAGAGAGUGAGAGAGAGAAAAAAAAAAUCCCAGGAGUGUGUCUGAACACACCAGAGGAGCAUCUCUCUGACUUCGCCGAGAGGGCUGAGAAGUGCACAGACGGGCAGAGGCAGGCAUCAUUGGAGUAUCACAGCGCUGGUGGUGCUGGCAGAGCAUGCAGAGUGGAGACUGGGGAAUCCAGUGGUGCUGUUGAUCCUGGUGUCCCUGGCAAAAGCUGCUUGAGCAGGAGAGAGAAAGCGGUGCAGCAGCCCAGGAUCUCGCCAGGGGGGCAGCAUUUUACAGCGACAACGAAGCGUGGAGACAGCUGAAACCUGCACGCACACACAGAAACACACAUGCACACAGCUGAGUGGGGAAGGACAGUUAGUCACACGCUGCAUUUAAAAGACUCACUCCACUUCUUCUGAAACAAACAAACUUGCACAGGAAAACAGAUACUGAAUGUUACAUUUUCUUGUCCAUGGAUGGUGGCUGAUGGAGAGGAAAACUUCUGGAGAGGAAAUGAUCUUUUAAGGAGGACUUACUGCAGAGAUUUUUCCACUAAGAAUAACUUUCUUUUUUGGGGUGAGUUUAAGCCCUCUAUCUAAGCACAACACAAAAUAACCUCUAUUCUUAGUUGCAGAAAUUGAGAGCGGUCUUUGUGACCAUUAAGAUGCCUCCUUCUGAUUCAGUCUGAGCUGUAAGUGGAUUAUGACGGCAAUAUUUUGGGAUUUCUCUUUUGCCUGAAAAAAAAGAAAUAAGAGAGAAAUAUAUCCAUGACUGGUGGAUUUACGUCUGUCAGAGAAGGAGAGGAUCCCGUGCGUUUUCUCCUCUCUUCUCCUGUGGAUUACAGAUGGGCUUUGUGAUCUCUCAGUGCAGUCUCAUGGAUGAUCGCUCGCUGCCAGUCAUUAGGAUAAAGUACAAAGAGGGACACAAGUGGCUUGGGCACGAGCGGAGAUUGAUUGAAGUGAUCUGUGUGAAUCCUAUUAAUGUAUCCUGGAUUCUGGCCAAGGCAGAAGCAAUGGAGGGGAACACCACUGUCUAGCAGCACUAUCUGAUCUGCCUCCUCACUGUACAAACUGAGCACCCUCUGCACUCCCUCUUCAACAACACUCCUCCUCCUCCUCCUCCUCUCCUCUCCCAGGCAAGGAUGGUACCUCCACCUCCCACCAACAAGCCCCACGUGUGCCUUUCCACCAUUCUGAUCAUGAGCAGCAUGGCGCUGAUUGAUGCAUACCUGGUGGAGCAGAACCACGGACCACGCAAAAUCGGCAUCUGCAUCAUGGUGAUGGUGGGAGACAUCUGCUUCCUAAUCGUCUUGCGUUACGUGGCGGUGUGGGUGGGCGCUGAGGUACGCACGGCCAAGCGAGGCUAUGCCAUGAUCCUCUGGUUCCUUUACAUCUUUGUGCUUGAGAUCAAGGUCUACUUUGUGUAUCAAAACUACAAGGCAGACAGGAAGAGCCUUGAUGCUCUCGCAAGGAAAGCAUUGACGUUGCUGCUGUCCAUUUGCAUUCCAGUGCUGUUUGUGGUGCUGGUUGCUAUCGACCAUAUGGAGUAUGUUCGCGCCUUCAAGAAGCGCGAGGAGAUCCGUAAUCGUCUCUUCUGGGUGGUUGUGGACUUGCUGGACAUACUGGACAUCCAAGCCAACCUGUGGGAACCUCAAAAGAAAGGGCUUCCUUUGUGGGCAGAGGGCCUGAUGUUCUUCUACUGCUACAUCCUGCUGCUCGUGCUGCCCUGUGUGUCCUUGAGUGAGAUCAGCAUGCAGGGCAUCAACAUCGUGCCCCACAAGAUGCUCCUCUACCCCAUCCUCAGCCUGGUCACCAUCAACAUCAUCACCCUCUUCAUCCGUGGGGGAAACAUGAUUCUGUACAGGGAUGCCAGGGUAUCCGGGAUCCUGAUAGGGAAGAACAUCCUGGCCAUCAUCCUAAAGACCUGCAGCUUUGUUCAGUACAGGAGACAGUUGCAGAACGCUUCUCCUGCCUUUGGAGUGGAGCUGCAGAAGAACUCGGUAGCCCACGCUCGCCCUGCCCCCACCCCUCCUCAAGUGGUCAUGCAAGACCAGACGCCCCUACCAGAGGUGACGACGUGUGAACAUACAUGACAGAAUGGUGAGGUGAAUCCUGGAAAUGUCAAUAUGAAUAUAUAUGACCCUCAGGACGCUGGCAGGGCACAAUGUUCCACACCUUUUAGGGCAUGUGAACACUCAUGUGAACACACAGGAGAUCAUGAUCUCCGCUGAUGCUUAAUGGCACACAGGACACUGCAGACACUUAGCGAGGAUAGAGCAGUGCUGUAUCCAGAGCUGUCAUGGUGCAAAAUACAGUAUCACUUGUGACUUUGUUAAAGCAUUUCCCCCAAUGAAUUCAGUUAACUGUGUAUUUUUUCUAAUUGUACAAAAGAAAAAAAAAGGCAACUACUGCAAGAUUAGAGAAUAUAUUUUUGAAUUGUGUGUGUUGCAUUCUAAUCUUAAAUUUAAAGGUCUGUGUGCUGUGGUGUGUAUUUCUGUUGCUCGAAUGUUCUUAGUAGUCAAGGGCUUUAACGUGUUAAAGUCGGAGGGAGCAACCAACGAGAGAAUCCAAGUAAUGAGAAUAAGAAAUAACGUUAAAGCCUUCUCCUGAAAGAAGUGUGUUUUUAUAUGUGAUUCUUUGAUAAAGUAUUGUGUACAAGAUAAAGGUUUUCCUGCUCUUUCACUCGCUAUAAAGGGGUCUUUCAUAAAGAUAUUGGACCAAUUGAGUAUAUUUCACUUUUUAAUUAAAAUUCAGCAAAUGUCCUUUAAUUAACCUGGGUUACAAAAGAAAACAGACAAUGAUUUUUUUUUCGCUCCGGUUCAAUCUACAAUUAGAGACAACUUAAUUGCUGAAGAGGUGCCUUUGCAAUGUCAUUCAUCUCGAGAGUGAUCAUUACAUUCCAGGCUGCUUAUUUUAAACAAGGAGGCGAAAUAAAUUCUUGGUGCAGUUAUGAACACUUUGAUCACUGCAAAGGGUGACUAUGGUGCUGUAGUCAUAGGACAGAAUACACAGCCAAGGGGCAACACUGCAGAUGGAUAAAUGAUUCCCAAAUAAGGAAACCUGUUUAAUAUCCUCCUCAGGCACUCAGUGACUAUCUGUGCCUGUGCUUAGUGGCAGAUCUUUGUAAGCACUGUCAUUUUGUUCUUCACACAAAAGUACAAAAUGGAUACUUUGGUCCAGUGAUGUGAAUCCACAACAACAGCCAAGAAAACAUCACAUCUUCUAAUACGACAAAUCUCUUUAUGUCUUGAGCAAUCUUUUUUAUCUCCAUCAUCACCAGUUGAAUCAGAGCUAGACUUUUUUUUGUUGCUUUUUAGUAACAAAGACAUGUUAGUAUAAAAACUGAGUGUCAAUAGCAGAAGAAAAGCCACUGAGAAAUCUGUUUGCUCGAAGGAGGAUUUUUAGUGGGUGGGCCAUUGCUAACACAGCCAGAGAUGCAAAGACAAAUCGAACAAUGAGGUCAGGUGGUAUGAUAUGAUGCAGCGCAAAAAAAAAAAAAAAAAAAAAAAAAUAGUUAUACAGGCACAGGUGCCAAAGUAAAAAAAAAAUAAAAAUGCACUACAUUUUUUACAAUAUAUUCCUCUUGUACUCAGGUUACUUUCCUUUGCAUAAUCUCUCUCUCACCAGUGACUGCUUGCAUAAUUUAAAGCAGACUGGCUGUCCGUGUUUGUUAAAACCCUGAGAGUGCAGAAGCCGGUCCCACAUUUUCUGUACAAGGCACAGCUACACAAAGGUGGCAACUUACUGUGGCACAAAACAGGCUAUCACAUUAAGACUGCUGUAGCUAGCAUUAUUUGUCUGUGGCUUGCAAAAUUACAACAUCAGCAAUUUAGACACUAUAAUAUACUGUUGGAUUGUAUUGUUUUUACAGAACUAUAGCAAUGAAAGGAAAACAUCCAUCCUUUGGAGCUAUACUGAAUGUGCUGAAUGAUGAAUUUGGUUAGUGUGAUGAACAAUGAGGAAAUGUUUCUCCAAAGAUGGGCUGCAUAGCAGUUUUAAUGGUGUGGGUCACAAUGUAAAGAUUCUGAUGAAAACAACAGUAUUCUAUUGUGUGCUACCAUCAAUAUAAAACGUUUUAUAUAGUUUGAACAUAAUACUGUCUUACAAAAGUACAAAUAACUUUGUGAAGGCCCACAAGGCCAUUCUCUCUUACGUAUAAAAAUAAAAAAUAAAUCUGCUCCCUUUCAAAAAGCAGAGAUGACAGGCAGUAGGUUGUCGAUAUUCUAACUGAUGGAGCUGUUGGUAAAAGCAGAAAUGUGGAUAAGAAAACCAGCAGCAGUUGGUUUAUAUAAGGAACAUGACUAUUGUUGCUUAAUUACACAUAUAAGUAAGUACAUUCACAAGCACAGAUUUCCAUUCAGGAUCAAAGAAGGGCUUACAUCUGUCCCAGCAUACAAUGUAUGGAGGACAGAGAAACACCCUGGAUAGGUCAGCAGUCCACUGCAGAGCAAACAGACACGCACACACUGUUUCACAUUAUGUGAGUCUCUACUUCACAUGAUCUGCAUGUAUUUUGACCGUGUAAGGACAAAAAGAGCAUGAACAAAAGAGCAGCAAUGGGAAAUUAUGCAAACUCAUGCUAAGAUUCAAACCAAGGUCCCCAUUGCUGUGAUGUGACAACUGAACCCCUGUGACACCCUGCAAAGCACAUUCUGAUUCAUUCCAACUCCAAUUUACAGUAAAUGUUGGGUGUGUCUAACAUAAUUAUCCGUAUAUUGUGAAUACAGGCAUAAGCAAAACAUUUGUAUUUGAAGUAAUGCAUUUCCUGGAUACUGGGUGGGUUGCCAUGCAAGGUUAUUAUAGUUAACUAAAAAAAAAUAAUAUAUAUACAGCAAAUUUCUUUUGUUUAAUUUUUUGUAAAUUUGUCCAAAAACAAGCAUAAGGAGGAAUUGGUGGAUAUCUCUAUUGAAACCCAAAGUGUUGUAUUUUUAUUGUAAUGCCAAUUCUGAACUUCAGUCUUGCCCCUGACAAAUUCCUCCUUUAUAUCAUAAUAAAAAACCCUAAAACUAAUACUGAAACUAAUUAAAACUUAACUAUUUUUAAACAAUAAAAACUAAACUGAAUUGAGAACACCCACUCUGGAAACUAACUGAAGAUAAACUGAACUGAAAAAUUAAAAAUGAAAUAAAAAUAAAAACUAAUGAAAAAUACAAAACUGUAAUGACUCUGUUGCCAUGAGCACGACCAGAUGAUGCUCUAGAGUCAUACACCAAAACCAGAUGGCUGAAGAAGCCGUAAUGAACUCAUUUUGGCUCAAUCUAAAAGCUAUUACUCACUCUAUAGUGUGUUAAUUCUUUAGUCUGUUAAAUCAAAUAUAAGCUGAACAUCAGGCAGUGCUCUGUGUCUAUUACUAUAUCUGAUGUUUGUCUGGCAAAAUAUAUAAAAUGGCAUCACUGUUCAUCAACAUUUGAUCAACAAUCACUGAUAAUUAGUGUACAACUAGAGUUCAUAUCAGUAUGUUUCCAUCAUGUCCAAAUGGCUUUAAGAACAAAAAGAUGAUCCAAUCCUCUGGGAGCCACAAGUGUGCCUUUGGGCAGUCACCCAACGCAAUCUACCCACACCCUCCCACCCCAAUGCACAUCACCCUUACUGCACUGCCAGAUUCUGAAUGAAUGUUGCAUUCAUCCAGAUGAGCAUGUUUUUUUGCUCUGUACUCUCGAAUGUUAAUAAACUGGGAAGGCUGUUGGAUGCACCUACACACUUACCACAUUAACACUGACAAAGCGGCCCGUGCCAAGCAAGCAAGACAAACGGCCGCAGUAAAUUCACAGCCCGACCUUCGGCCGUCUUGGAUGGCAACAGAGCCGGGAAACAAAUGUAUUUUUCAUGGAAGACAUGUUACAGCACGAGGAGAACAAACCAGUACAGAAAAUUAAUGCUCAUCAUGUAUUGAUUCUCUUGUCUGCUUUUACUGAUUUUAGAUGUAAAAAGACCACUCUCUUAAAACAAAUGACGACAGGUUGUUUUUCUUUUUUUAGAUGAAGCACUGUAAAGUGUGCGAUGCUGCUGGACUGGGUGUAUUUAAUGCGCCUCUGUAAUGCUGUAACUUAAAUCUCUGCAUUUCUCAAACAGUGGAGAGGCCAGUUCACAUGCUAAUGAAUGCUUUAAUCUAAAAUUCAGAUGCUGUGCACAUGAGGAAAACGCAGAAAGGUCAGAAAGUUAUACUGCAGAGACUCAUCUAACUCCUACUAAACAUACUAUACUGUACGUACACACACUUUCCAAGGACGUGCACAUUAGCUCUGGGCAACAUUUAACAUCCUUGAACAAUUUUGCUGAACAGUCGCAAUUAUCUAUUCCUCAGUCAAAACACUUGUGCAACUUAUCUUUUUUUAUGGUGCACUCAAUCACCAAAUUACCGCCAGUGUAAUUAGAAAACUGUUUCCUCACAUAUACCCCUUAGACAUGCAUGUAUGCAUUUUAUGAGAGGAGAUCUGCGUGUUGCUAUUCGCUGUGCCCCCGUAACAGGAAAGGUCUCACUAUCUUGCUCAUGCACAGUUCGGCGAGGAUUAACUGCAGCUGUGAAGUGUGAACACGACGGAGAAUCAAGCCUGUGACUCGCAGCUACAGUAUGAUCUUUCUAAUAAUCAGGUCACUCUGCUGGACUGCUAGCAACUUUCCGUCGACCCAACAGGGAACCCAGGUGUCAGAGAUGAGAGCUGGUUGCUCAGAGCGCUGUGAAGUGCCGAAUGUAAAUGUGAAUUAUGGAGAGGUGUUUCAAUAUUUAAACUUGUUGGCAGUUUCUUGAGAUUUAGCAUUUAAAUCCGUGCAAUUCUGCGAGUUUUCUAUCAGGCGGUGUUGACCUAUAAAAGAUUCAGGUGGUUUAUGAUUCUCUCUGUUGCUUACAGGGCUUUUUCUCAAGCACCCAUUUAUAUGUAAAGGUAUUAGUCAAGUCCCUAAAGAUCUGAGAGAACAUUUGCUCUGUGUAAUACCUAUUGUUAAAGGAAACAUUGAUCACUACAUGUGUCUGUGGCUGUAGUUUGAUUUAUAUUUGUAAAGCAUUUGUUAUUCACUUGGACUGAAGGGAUUUUUCAUUCCACGUUUAACUUGUUUUUUUGCUAAAGCUGCACAACAUUUCACCUUGUGGCAGAAAGCGUAUUUUCAGGUCCACCCCCUGCAGUUGGUCAAUUCCACUCUAUAACACCUGUCACUCAUUUUGAUGAGCUGUCUACCUUGAAACAGCAUCUGGCCCAAGGCUGAGGAAACUGCCGUCACAAAAACCACCACAGGCAUUAAUGAAACAGAUGGUGAGUGCAGGCAGAUUUUAAGAGAAACAGCAGUUAUUUCAUACCUCUGUCCACCAUUGUUGCUAUGACUUCCCUGUGCUAAAUGCCCACAAACCAGCCCAAGGCAAAUGGAUUUCUGCCCAAAAUGUCCUGGAUUUUACUGAAAAGUCCGUUUGUAAUAUUGUUUUUGUGUUGAUGACGGCCAGUGUUGGAGUGACUGUGCUAUUUUUCAUUCUAAUGAGGCAAAUCUGGCAUUAUACAUUUUUCCGCAGAAUGCUGCUGGCAUGGCAGUGGCUACAAACAGAAAAUUAUGACUAAGCAUGCAUGCUUGGUUGGGGGCGGUUCUCAGCUGGGUCCUGAAAGAUUAAAUGCAGCCUCACAGAGGAGGUGGGAUAUCCCUUACAAUGGAUACUGGAGGGUAACAGAACUGACACUGUGUUUUGCAACAGAUGAUUAAAAAUAUCAGUUAAUGUGCUCACUAAAGGUUAAAUGUUAAAUUGUUAGUCACUUGUGAUCUUGAAUAUUUGACUUUGAGAGGAGCUACAACUGUUUAACAAGAUAAAUAGCAUUAAGAUAUAACACACUAAAAAUGUAUUCCCCUUAAUUUUUGGUUUAAAAUGUUUGACAGCCUGCUAAAAAAUCCACGUCCACAUAAUCUUAGUGAGCAUGAAUGAAUAUUACUAGUGAGAAAGCACCAGAUGUCAAAAAUGUCAACUAUUCCUUUAAGACAGGAAGAAAACCUAAUUACACGUGCUCUGAAUGAAUCACAAUUUAAUAAACAUGCUGUCAUUUAAAAAUGUCAGCAAAUGUUUUGCUGACGGAUAUGUUUGUUAUUCCAAAUGGGUCCACUGUGUCAUGUUGUGCAUUGGAAUUUUACUGACGUUAACCUUUUUCCUUACAAAUAUCACUGAUCUCUUUAAAAAAAACGAUGACACAGUAAAUGGCCAAAAGAUAAAUAGAUAAGAAAGAGCAAAUGCUUAACCUUAUGUGUUACAGAUAGGCAUUUUUCACCGACAUUUUGACAUGUCACUGAAGGAAAACCACAGGUGUAAAUAAUAAAAUCAAUGAUGGCUGAAUUUCAUUUAGCUGCUUUUAGGGUUCUGAUAUUGUGUAUGAUGGCUCACUGUCAUGGCUUACUGACACUAAAAUGGAGCCAUUGUUAAUGUAAUUAGUAACACAUGUUUUCCUACUGUGAUUGAUAAGUCAAAAUGUAAAAAAAAAAAGAACGUGUCUUAAAAAUGUUUUCUGUCGCCAUUUCAUAAUUAAUAUUCCUUCAGGUCUUGGGGAUUAAACAUGACCAUUGUGUCCAUCUUAUGGUGCUAACGUUAGCUUAAUUAGCUAUCUAACUAAUGCUGAUAAAUGAGAAGCCUACUUCUGUCUGCCUCUGUGUGAAACCGAGGGCCCAUUGUUUAAAAAAAGUAUUUUGAGUGGUAAAUCUGACACUGUUCAUUGUAAACUGCAUGUGUGCCAUGCCAGAAUGGAAAGCUUGACAGGCUUAGCGACAUAACUGAGGGGGUAGAGCUUACGCUGUACGAGCCGUACCGUGAACAACAGGCAAGCUGAAGUGCCUACGACAGAGACACAGCACAGCACAGUACUGAGUGCCGUUCACCACAGAGUUUUGGCACCGUGUGUAAACGCGCCAUCAGUGAAUGGUCAGUUACGCCUGUGUUUUUAAUGCUAUUACAUGAAAGUUUCUGCUGUGAAUAAUAACCAUCCACUUUGCAGCACUACAAGUCAAUUUGUUCUUUUCAUUUUCUGGCUGUAGACUUAAUGGUUGAGUCUCACGGCUCUCAUCAAACUGUACAAGCUGUUUCCACAGAGCAGUUAGAAUAAGCCAAUUAUAGGCUACUUGUCCUGCAAAAAAAACAGCUGAAGCAAACUGAUGGCUUCGUCUUAAGACCCAGAUUUUUUUUUCUUAUGAGCUGGUGAAGACCAAACGGAUCUAAAAGGUCAGUGAAUAUUGGACUGCACCUCUACCUCCUUGCCCAUAAUUUCCACUGCACUCUACGAACUAUGAAAAGACCACUUCUCAUUUGAUAGUCUGCAGGAUUUUCUUUUUUUUUUUUUACAAAGGGUUGGUAAGCCACAUAAAGUCAUAGAAUUAUAGAGAAUGAAAAUGAGGUAGGAAUCAAGUAAAAGCAGUAAUUCAGACUGUUUGAGCCUAGUGCUUCUGUUCAACCAGUAAUUGUUAAAACCUGAUUUCCAACCCUCACCGGGCCAGUCCUCCCCACCAAUUAAUCCAUAAUUAUAUGUAAUGCCUCUUCCACCCAGGAGCCUGUGAUUUGUAGAGAGGAUUUAAGAAAUAAUAGAGCAAAUGAUAAUGGGUGUUUUGUUGAAUUUUUAAAAAACCUGUGUGUGAGUAUUUACGUAUUUCAUUCUCAAAUUAAAAUUAAUAGCAUAUAAUGGCUGUAGUAUAACAAGACAAUCACCGUGAGAAUUGGUCUGCUGUUUGCGCACUGAAUGUGUUUAUUCCCUUUGUUUUAGGGUUGAAUUUGGUGUGAAAGGGAAAGCCAGGAGACAGAGAACCUCUUUCAGAGAGCACUGACACACUCCCCAUGUUCGUACAGGCACAGACAGACAGGUCCAGAUGCUCCCCAGUCCUACAGCUGCUGUGUAUUAAUAAUCAGGAUAACCACAAGUCUAUCGUCCUGAGUGGAUGGAUCCAGUCUGCUUUGUUGCUAUGUAGGCUUCUUUAGGUUUGGUUCGCUCUCUUUCAGUAUCCUGCCGUACAGCCAAAAGGUUUGAUGAGCUUUAAAACUUGGUUCAGCUGAAAUUAAUUUGCAUGUUUUUUCUGGUUUUCCUCAUUUGAUAAAAUAUCAGUACCCAAAAAGCAAGGGUCCAUUUAAUCGUUAGUUACUAGGGAAGAGUCUUAGUCAAGGCAGUUUUUAUUAGUAGGAUAGUCGCAGAAAAAAACAACAACAUCAAACUCUGUUCAGGACUUGUGCACCUGGGCAAAAGUAUCAGGGGAUUGUUGCAACACAGACCUUUUCACAUGUAACACAGGGAGUCACUUACUGGAGCACUGCUGCACAUGCGGUCCCAUUUGCUGUCUGUACCCAGACUGGGAGCUCAAGAACAGGGGGAGUUUAAACACUACUACUGCCAAAGAGCAAGGCCGGACUGAGCCACAGAACCGAAGUGGGACAGACCAACAGAGAAACGGCGGGUUCAGGCGGGGACAGGAGAGGCAUGAAUCGGAGGAAGAAGAGUACAUUUGUAGAAGUUAAUUUGUAAGUAAAUGUCGAUGUUAUACAUCAUCAUCGUGUCAAUACGUUUGCAAGUGUUUGUUUUUAUCAAGUUGGAAGUGAUUUAUUCUGUGUUUUCAACAACGAGACUUAUGUAAUGUUAUUAGUCUGUUUAAAUAAAUUA